AAGAAAUUUCCAAUAUGGCUGCCUCUGUGAGAGUUUGUGUUCGCCUCAGAAAAAUUGCAAAUCCAUGCUCUUCCCUACAAGCCUUUACCCUUCGGACUUCUUGUAUAACUGAAAAAAGGUUGUUAUCGUCAUCUAGGAUUUUUUAUUCAGCAAGUGAUGAAAUUGAGUCGAAUCCGUUUUACGAAAAAUACGCUGCGAGAAUCAAGGAGGUCAGGAAUGAGAUAAAAGAAGGAAAAUUGUGAGUGCAAAUUUGCAACAUAAUCAAGCGAUAUCAGUAGCUCUAAAUAAUUUAAUUAAACUUAAUGAUCUGCUAAUGCAAGAGAGUUAUAGCUCCCGAAAUAAGUAUACUAAGUAACGUGCCUAACACGUAUUUCACACAGUAUAAUUUUAAAAGCUUGUAUUAUUGCUGCAGUGAGGCGACUUGUGGAGACCCAGAAACCAAGUGUCCUUAGCUUUUCACAUGACGGCAGUAGUUUUAAGUGACAUAAUGUUACCAGGUGAUGGACAAUAUUUUGGCAAUGCAAAACUAAAAAAAAUAGUGGUAGAUUUCACAGCCAUGUGAAGAUGAAACAGUCAUAUUAUUGUAUGUCUAGCAAAAAUACCGUGUGACGGAUAUCAACUACUUUUUAAUGAAGAAUAUAUGCUAGACUUUCAAAAAAUUGGUUUGUCCGAUUUAGUAUGGCCUGGGACAAAGGACUUUUCAUACUUGAUUGGUAUCCAGUUUUAGUGACCCAAAAAUGGGUCACCCCACUUAGACCAAUCAGAGUAGCUUGACUUUAGAUCCGUUGGAGAUAAAAUGUUCACUCACAAGUAAUUNUCAACUACUUUUUAAUGAAGAAUAUAUGCUAGACUUUCAAAAAAUUGGUUUGUCCGAUUUAGUAUGGCCUGGGACAAAGGACUUUUCAUACUUGAUUGGUAUCCAGUUUUAGUGACCCAAAAAUGGGUCACCCCACUUAGACCAAUCAGAGUAGCUUGACUUUAGAUCCGUUGGAGAUAAAAUGUUCACUCACAAGUAAUUAAGCGCACUGAAAUGUGACUUGCAGUUGAAAUUCCAACGUGGGGUCAGGGUUGUCAGAAAGUUCUGAAGUCAAAAUAAGCAGCCAGUUUAGGGAUAUUAUAUUUAAAAAACGCCGUCCAUAAAGAAAUGCCACUGCAGAGUAACUGGCCGUUACUAACCAAGUAGGUGGCGAUUUUUGCCGGCAGCCGGCUACCUUUUGACAACCCUGUUGGGUUGAUUGCAAAAGUGAUAUCAUAAAAGAAUGCUCUUGAGGCCACAAAAUAUUCGGAAUAUGCGUGACUAUCAGAGGAAAUUAAUCAAAGCAUAUCUGAAGGAUUACAGUGUGAUUCUUUUGCUCGCUGGUAUCAUGAUCUGAUCCAAGUGUCUGCAUGUUGUUUUAUUGACAGAGGUUUACUCCUCCUUUUUUCUCUGCAAUGGCCUUCCUUGACGAUUUGAAGCUUUAUUUCCCUCACUUUGUGAAGUUUCUGAACAAUGGUUUCAUUCUUGUCAGCACAGUCAUGGUACAAGAUAUUAAUUUUGUUAACAAACCAUCACUAGAAAUCUCCUUUCCAAGUAUUGACUCAAGAUUAAAACAAGCUUUGGUUUUUUUCCGCCUGGCUGAGGUUGUUAUUACACCUGAAAUCUUUGUUUGUGACAACUUAAGCACAAAGUUAAGAAAUUUGCCCUUUCCAUGUCGGAGAAACAUACACAGGUUAGAUUGUCUUUGUUGUAGUGGAAUCAAUGCAGUCAAGGACUCCCAUAUAUCACCUGAAACCCCAAAAAUGCGAGUGACACCAGUCCCCAUUUUUGGAGCAAAAUGCAAUAGAAAUCUUUCAAGUCGGACAAGUCGCCCUCUCGCUUGCUCGGCCGCUUUGCAUCCUAAACAGCUCCCUCUGCAUGCUUAGAAAAAUCCUAAGAAGCUCGCUCUGCUCGCUUAAAAACUUGUGAGGUCACUCGUGAGGUUGACUUUUGGCAAGUCUAAAUAAUGUGCAGGAAAUCUGUUUAUAUCCUCGAACUGUGUUGGUACAGGCAUGUGUUUUGUAAGAAAUUUUAUCUGGAAACAAGGAUGCCAAAAUAGUUUGAGUUUUGCAUUUCCAAAAUACUUUUAGAAGGAGACAGUGUGGCCGAGUGGUUAAGGGCACUGGACUUAUAAUCCAGAGGCCCUGACUUCAAUUCCCACCCUGGCCACUAGCUGGAUUUGUUCCUCAGUACUCCUGACUUCAUAAUCCGCAGCAACAUUUGUGAAAUAGCCAACUGGUUCACCUUUAGCCUGAAAUUCAUCCGAUUGCUUCAAGUCGUUUUCUCCUCUCAACAACGUCUGAAUUGACUGGCCGUUAAUGCCGUCCAGUGACGUCACUCACCACCCGAAAACUGGGUAGUGAUUUUGAUUGGUUGAUUGUCUAAACAUUGACAUAAUUAUGUUUAAUUAUGAAAAAUUUUAGCGGGAUUGUCGCUUGAGUAUUCAGCGGAUCCCAUCCCUGGCAUUCUUUCGUGUAGUUCAAAUAAGCUUACUUUAUCUUAAACAGCAAAAUUCCCCUUGUCUUGGAAACUGAAAUGCUAAAUUGAACUGCGAAUGGAGAAUCAUUGCGGAGAGUCGGUAGGUUUUUCAUUUGGAGCCUCUUUAUGGUUUCGGCGGCCGGUGAUUUUGUGACGUGAAGUUUUCUGACAUCAAUAUUAUAAUUCAACCUUCUUGCUAUUUUUAUUGUCAAGUGUAAUGAUUCUGUUAGCUUUUCUUUCUUGUUUCCUUGUUUUUUCCUCGUUAAGGACCAAAUAGCUUCUUUUCAACUAAAGCAAAAUUAAUUUUUAAUCAUUGUGUUUUUGAACUAAGUGUUCUCUGUGUGUGUUUAUUUCAUUGCGUGAUUGCGAACGAGUUUGAUUAUAGAAUUCAGUACAACCGGUUCAGAGUUGUACUGCAUGCAGUUGAUAUUUUGAACGUUAAACAUGAACUAUGAUUGAAAAAAAAAUAAAGCAGUUCUGUAUCAUGCACACAUUUCCAAAUGAUAUUUUCUCGGUUUGCCAUUUGAAAAUCGUGUUUUACUUUUUGCAUGAAUUAAAGCAAAGGUCAAGGAGUAGUAACGUCACUGGAUGGCAUUAACGGCCGGUCGAUUCAGACAUUACUGAGGGAGUAAUAACGACUCGAAGUAAUCGGAUGAAAUUCAGGCUAGUUCACCUUCUACUCGAUAGGAUUCUUAACUUUGUAUUAUGUUCAGCUUAAAUUAUUUGUUUCAUUAAACUAUUAUUAUUAUCUGUUAAUUAGCAUAAUUACAUGUAGUAUUAUUAUGCUAUGAACUUGGAAAUAGUGUAUGAGUUCUGCUUUUGUAUGAAUUUUUUAAGAGAUUAUGGGGCUUAAGGAGGACGCUAUUCAUUAAGGCUGUAGGCUGAUAAUACACUUAGCUGGGGAUGUUAUUUCAGACCAAUUAUUGUGAUUAUAAAAGACAUUUAUCUUUUUUUCUUCCUUUUGUUACAAAUUACAGAGAGGAGAAGAGUCCAGAUGAGAAGUUUCGUUUAGAUGAGCAAGUUCAGAGAGAAGCUGAAAGUUACAGACAG